AUGGCACGCAUCUACGCAAACCCGGAGGAAUUAUGGUAUCCCAAGGACACCACCUCGACAGAAGUACUUCUCUAUCAUAAUUUGAACAACACGCCAGGUGACAAACCGAGCAUCAUCGAUGGCUACUCCGGCGAUACUGUCUUCACCUAUGACAGCUUCAGGGCUAGCGUCCGCAAGGUUGCUCGCCAUUUCUCCCACGAACUUGGAAUCAAGCAGAGAACCGUAGUGGGUAUUCUUUCGAAUACCAAGAACUACUUCCCAGUGUGUGUACAUGGCGUACUGGCUGCCGGUGGCGUGGUAUCUGCAUUCAACCCCAUGUACGAGCCUAAGGAGCUAGCGCAUGCCUUGAAGUUGAGCAAGCCAUCGCACAUCCUCGUAGAGCAAGCGCUCGUCCCGAAUCUGCUCAAAGCCUUCGCUUUGGGCCCAAACAAUCAACCAAGGCCUCGAAUUCAUAUUUGGGACAUUGAUGAUCCAAGCAAGACAGACCAUGAGCCACUGAAUAUCGAGCAAAUCAUAGAGCAUGGCUCCCCCAACUUCGAGCCAGCGAAGCUGCCUCCAGGCGCCGCUGCAAAAGAGUUGGCGUUUAUCUGUUUCAGUUCAGGCACUUCAGGCCUGGUCAAGGGCGUGCAGCUCACCCAUGAAAAUAUCGUGGCCAAUCUGUUCCAGCAAUACCAAGGUCUUCGCGGCAUGUUCAACCCUAAGACCGUUGUCACACUCAUCGUACCGUUCUUCCAUAUCCUGGGGCUGUCUGGGUUUUGUUGUCAGUUCGUCAGUCAGGGCGUCCCGAUCGUGGUCUUCAAGAGGUUUGAGAUGGCGCCGCUCCUCAAGGCUAUCAAAAAGCACCGCAUAACUCACAUCAACGUGGUACCUCCUAUUGCUCUGGAGUUCUUGCGCAAUCCUGAGGCUACCAAGGGUGACUGGUCAUCCGUUCAGUGCCUCAUGAACGCUGCAGCACCUCUGAAAGAAAACCAGUCACGCGAACUCUGCAAGCGGUACGAUUGUGUCGUCACCCAGUGGUAUGGGAUGACAGAGGCCAGUCCAAGUGUUGCGUCUCAGCGAGAGGAUGAGACACGUAUAAGCGGAACUAUUGGCAGGCCUCUUCCAGGCAUGGAGAUGCGGAUAGUGGAUGAGGACGGAAAAGACUCCAAAGUAGGCGAAUUCAUCCUUCGUGGCCCUAAUAUCAUGAAGGGCUACGUUGGCGACACGGGUCUCUCUGGGAGCCCAUUAACGCCGGAUGGGUUCCUGAGGACGGGAGACAUCGGAUAUGCUGACAGCGACGGCUAUCUAUACAUUGUCGACAGAGCAAAGGAGAUGAUCAAGGUCAAAGGCCAACAAGUUGCGCCGGCUGAACUGGAGGCAAUUUUGAUUACCCAUCCACAAGUCAAGGACGCGGCGGUGUGUGGAGUGUACAAUCAAGACGGGACCUCCGAGGUCCCCGUCGCGUACAUCACCACAGAUGUCAAAGCCUCACGGGACCAACAGGUACUUAAGGAGAACCUUGUCGAGUAUGUGAACGGACAAGUUGCACGAUACAAACGCAUCACGGGUGGAGUGCAUAUCCUGCCUGCCAUACCGCGGAAUCCUUCGGGAAAGAUCCUCCGCCGGCUUCUUCCAGCCAACCUGGCGGCUUCUGCAGCCAAAGCGGCGCAUGCUACAUUCAACACUCAGAAUUUGGCGAGGCUAUAG